CUUCAGUCGGGUUGAUUCGCCACUGUGAGUACCUGAGUGAGCUACGUGACAGUACUCAGAUGGAUCGCAGGUCUCGUAUGAAGACGACCUGCAUUUCUUUUUUAUCUACAUUUACCGAAUAAUGCCACAAAUGAUCACCCCAGACUCGCAACGUUUGCUGCGUAGCCGUGCGUUUGAAGCACUUACCGUUGAGGCUGAACGCAGAGCUCAAAUAAACGCACUUCAACAGCGUCUCAACGCUCUGGAACACAAUCUCGCUAUAGAAGCAGCAGAAACUCAACUCAACCUCGAUGCCUUCGCGAGAUCAGAAUGCCGCUCUCUGAUAGACCUUUUCAUGCUAAAGCUCCCAAGGGAAUUGCGCGACAUGGUUUACUGUCAUCUCAGCACUAAAGAGGAGCGUAUUGACAGCGACUACUUCCGCUCAACGAAAGAUCCGGUUACACAGUGCUUCUCAUACGACCAGGCGCGCUGGAAAAGCGCACAUUUUCCCGAGCACUUUUGGGGCAUCGAGUACGUAGAGUCGCAAUUUCUGCGAGAGUUGAGUGAGAACUACUACCGCACCUCGACGUUCAUUUUUGGCGAUGGGCAAGGUCUAAUCGCGAAAUUUCUCAACACUGAUCAACUGGGUCUCGGGUUUCCACCUAAGGAUUUGGCAUCGAAUAUUGAGGUUCGACUAAGCGCGAUAACACACGACCGUGGCUCUUUUAGAGCGUACAUCUUUGGUGUGCCGAAACCACCAGAGAGACUGCAGGCUGCGCUUGAAGGAUUGAUGGAGCUCAAGUCCGGUUCCAAUGUGUGCAUUCGAUUCUCGACUGAAGCGAAGGCGGCAGAGGAGAGGAGAGAGUUGUUCGUUGGUGCGCUACCAGUACUGUUUCCAAAGAUGCAAAUAGCCGCACUGGCAGGACAUCGCGUAAGAUUUGUGCUGGAUCAGAAGUACGAGUUUCGACUGGAAGAAAGUAUGCUAGGAGAUCUUGAGCAGAGCGCCUGGGACAUGCCGGAUUAUUACAACACCGAUGGGUCGUCCUUCCGUGCGGCAUCAAACGCGAGUCCGUUCAGCCCAUACACGGAUUGAAUGCAGUCUCCGAUAGAGACGUCACUGUGGCUGUACAUCGUAGACGGGCCCAAAAAGCCGUUAAACUGGGUUGAAAGGAUUGGGGUACGAGAGCGGUUAAUGCGCACAGAUGUGAUAUGUCAACGCACGUCAUACUGUUUCGAAGUCUAUAGCUGCUAUCUUGUAUCGGAUAUGGAGUAUUCGCUGCAAAGUUUGCUUCACUGUGAUCGCUAGAUGUACAAACGGAAGGCAUUUCAAGUGUAGGAAACUAAGCUAGAAGUACCCAACUUUUUGAAUGAAUGUAAAUCUAGACAGAG